AUGGACUCUGAAAUAUCUGAGACGCCGGUCGUCUCUUUCCGCCCAGUCAAGCGGCAGAAGUAUCUUCGCAAAAGAGUCGACGAGCGCGAUGACGUACCCACGCCAGACAACGCAGUAACAGAACACAAUACAGCAUCAUCAGAGAGACAGGGCGAUGGCCCGAAACUGCCAGAUGCUAGCAACAACGGCGAGGUGUCGAACAUCAUGCGACCGCGAAAGUUCCAGCGCAUGCGAAGAGGCGGCAUCGAAUUUUCGACCAGCAGCUCGCAACCAGCUGAUAAGAAUAAUGCCCUCGCAUUGUCGACAGAGGAUAUAGAAGCAGAUAUUCUCAAGGCUAGGCUGGAUCGCUUUACAGCCCAUACAGGGCAAAAGGUCGAUGUUGAUAAACAUAUGAUGGAAUAUAUAGAAUCAGAACUGGCUAGACGACAGAAUCGUACACAAGUAAACAAAGAAAAUUCAGCUGCCGGGCGGCUCAAUCAGGCAGAUGCGAAUGAUUCGUUUAGCAAUGCAUUUUCGAAACGGGAACCGGCUACACUAGGAAAGCUCCACGAGAUUGAUCUGGGUCAGGAGACGAAAUUACAGAAUAUUGCCCGCACUGAAGCAGCAACGCGGCGUAUGGCCGGUGAAUAUCCGGGUGCAGUUGAAGAGGUUGGCAGCAACAGCAAGGCUUGGAGAAAUCGAAGGCGAAACAGCGAAGAUAUUGAGCGAGAUAGGCUCGUGGAAGAAGUUUUACGGGAGAGUAAACUGGACGUUUACGACGAGCCAGAGCAAUCUGCAACGUACGAUGAUAUGGCUGCGGAUGAUCGCAUUGCAGAACAAUUUCGACGUGAUUUCAUGGAAGCUAUCCAGACCAGGCGCCGGACGCAGCGAAAUCGUGUUACCACGACUACCACAAAUAGUAGGGUUGCUAAACCUGAGCCACCUCGCGGGCCGAAGCUAGGCGGGAGCCGGAGUGCUCGUGCUGCUAUGCGGGAAAUGCAAGAGAAGAGUGGCAAGAAAUGA